AUGGGUGAGGAAGGAGUAACAGAAAGAGAAGAGGAGAGUGAGGUGGUAGUUGAUUUUGAAGAGGAGGGAGGAGAGAUGGAGAAGAGACAGUUGAGAAAGAGGAAAGGGAGGGCAGAGAAAGAAGUAAAGGAGGUGGUGGUGAUUGAGGAUAGGAGAGGGAGGGAAGAGGAAGAGGAGAUGAAUGACAGGCGAGAGAGAGAUAGGGAGGAGAAGGUAGAGGAGGAAAAGAAGCAGAAAGGAGUGAUGGAGGCGGCUCUGUCUCUCGACCUCGUCGGCGUGACAACUGACCCUAUCAGCAUGACGACCACCACUCAUGAUGACUCUGGGUACCUGAGCUCUGGGAUGGGGUUCUACUGUCCCCCCGAACCUCUCCUAUUCCACACCCAGCCUAAACCUCACCCCCAACCCCUUCUGCCCAGUGGGUUGAAGCGCCCCCACAGUGUCAGCCCCCCUCUCCCUCCCACCCAAAGCCUACAGGUAAAGGUGACUCGAGUGUACUCUACCCGCCGUUCAAUUGGCUACAGCGCCCGGGGGCGUGGCCAGGUGCUUCCCCUCCCCCCGUUGCCAGCGGUAACCAUGGGAGUCCCCUCCCUGUUGCCCUCCCUGCCCAAGAAGAAGACGCGAACACUCUACAGCACUGACCAGUUGGAGCAGCUAGAGGGUAUGUUCCAGGAGGACCACUACCCAGACGGAGAGAAGAGGAAGGAGAUUGCCGCCACGGUGGGCGUCACGCCCCAGAGGAUCAUGGUGUGGUUUCAGAACCGUAGGGCCAAGUGGAGGAAGGCCAGUCGUUCUACAGUGAAGCCAGAACACAAACAGACCUGCAGCAGCCUCCCUGACCCCAACCCUACCCCCCUCCAUGCACCACACCCACACCCUAGUGCGGCUGCAGGACACAUCACCCCCUUCAUCCCUCCCGCUGGUCUCUCCUUACCUCUCCCUCCUACCAACCAGGCCCUCCCGUCCUACAGCACCCUGCUAGCCAGCCUCUCAUCCAGCCCUACAGGCAGGUCAAGAGGAGGAGGGGAGGGAGGGCUACCGUCAGGACCUCAGGGGGGGUCAGUGGAGCACCUACCUCCUAUCAUGUAUAGCCCACCCCCUUUACGACGUGCCAGCCUCCCCCUCCUGACUACCUUCCUGAACCCCCCCAACCCUACCCCAACCCCCCCUCCACCAACCCCACAACCCACCCCAACAUCGCCUUUCUUCAUGGAUGUGUUGGAGCCCCACCCUCACCCCCCCAACAGAGACACACAGGGACUCACCCUGCAGACUGACACUGGUUCUCUGUUUGACUACAGCAGUGAUCUCCUGUCCAGCAGCAGCAGCUCAGUGAAGAUAGAUCCUCAGCACUACCUGACCUCCAGCCACCAGGGCGGCGCUACAGUCUCCUACCAACCUCAGGCUUCCCGCCUGGCCUACCUCACCCCCUCCCCCUACCUCAACCCCAACCCUCCUGAGGGGAGUGCCCCUCCCCCCUCCUACCUCACCUUCGGUCCGGGGGGCGGGCCCGGGGUGGUGACCUAUGCAGCUGGAGGCCACACCUACUUCCAGGCACAGACUGGAGGGGGACCGAUCCUACUGCAGUCUGGGCUACACGGUGGUAUCACAGCCUACCAGUCGUACCCGUGGGAUCAGAUCUACAGCCAUCCAGCAGUGUUCCAGCAGCGUAACCAGUGUUCCCAGUUUACUACCACCACACUGGGGAGCCGAGACCACCCAACCUCCUCCUCCUACCUGCCACCCACUUACUACCCCCGUUCACACACACACUCCCAGAGACCCUCACACACUCUCACACACACCUCUACCCAGGCCCAGGUCCUGCCCCCAGCCUCUAGCCUGCAACCCCCCCUCCCCAGAGGGGCCAGCGCCCCCCAGCCCAGAGCCCCCACACCACCCUUGGCCCUCCUGGAUCUCCCCACCUGUGUGAAGGCUGAGAAUGAGAGCCCUCCCCACGUACACAGCAGCCACUUCCACUGUGACUUCUCACCCAUACUCUUCUGACAGACCUGGGGGAUAUAGUAGGGUGUGUCUUAUUCCUGUCUUCAUAUCUGUGUGUGUGUGUGUGUGUGUGCUCUGUAUGUUCUUGUAUGUUUAUGUGAGUAU